AUACCAGUGAUGACUCUCGUGAAAAACUAACUUUUUGUUGACACAAAUUUGACGUUAUAUGAUAAUGAUCAUGAAAACAUAUUUAUAUAUAAUUUAAAAGGAAAUUACACAUAUUCAGUACUGUUUUGCCACAACAGCCAAAUGGAACAAAAUACUAGAAUUUAAUAAAUGUUGAACAUAUAAUUUUAAAUUAAUGUAGAAAUUAUGGAGAAGGAAAGAUUUUCAUUAUUACAGCUUGAUCCGGGGGAAAUAUAUUUCGAGGAUUUUAGCGCAAUUUUUAUACCACCAGACACCACACCAAAGACUUACGAUAACAAAAAACAGGAUGGAAGACUUAAAAUGUGUUCGAAAUCUUUAGUAUUUGAUCCUAAAGAUAUAUCAAAACCAAUUAUCAAAAUAUUAUUCAAAGAUUGUGUUGUUAUUGAGCAGUGGAAAGGUACGGCCAAAUUUUUAAAUAGUAAUAACAAUGUACUUAGUGUUAGUUGUAAGGAAUACGUCGAACUGUUGGAAAAAAAUAUCAUAGCGCCAUAUCAGUUCAAAGGACCAGUUAAUUUUCUAUUUUUACUUAAUUAUGCGAGUAUCGCCAAUUGCUUACCACAAAUUUGUCAGUUACACAGAGCAAGUAGUUUACCAGCAGCAGAACAGGCUGAUAUGAUUGCUGCUAUAGUACAUUCCAGACAGUCGAGAGAUUUUUUUGAUCCUCGCUGGAUGGAUUUGUAUGAAAAAAUUGUAUUAGAAUCACAAGCUGAUAAAGUAUCUCCUUUAGUUGUAAACCCUGGGCGGCUGGUUCUUACAACUUCCAAAAUUUAUUUUCAACCUUACAACAAAAUGGGAGAGUAUCCAACCAAAAUUAACCUCAAUAGUAUUAAGCAGAUUGUAAAAAGAAGAUUUUUGUUGCGACAAAUUGGAUUGGAAAUAUACAGUAAGGAAAAUUCCCCGAAUCCGCACGUUUAUUUUUCGUUUCGAAACCAAGCCCUGCGUGACGAAUUUUAUGAUAACAUGUUGAAUCAACAACAAUUGAAAUUAGAUGAAAUGCAACAGGAUGUGGUAACACUUCAAUGGCAAAACGGCAUCAUAUCUAAUUUCGAAUAUCUUCUUUAUGUUAAUAGUUUGGGAGAUAGAACUUUCAACGAUUUAACCCAAUAUCCUGUUUUCCCGUGGGUAAUUUCGAAUUACUCCGACGAUAAACUCGAUCUAACUGAUCCAUCGAACUAUCGGGAUCUUUCGAAACCAGUUGGUGCCUUAAACGAAAUCAGAUUGAAUCGUUUACUCGAUAGAUACCAAGAAAUGACAGUUAAUAAAUUUCUUUACGGUUCUCAUUAUUCAACGCCUGGUUUCGUACUUUAUUAUCUGGCUAGAUUGUAUCCGCACUACGUGUUGUGUUUACAAAGUGGAAGAUUCGAUCAUCCCGAUAGGAUGUUCAAUUCAGUCGCCGAUGCUUAUAAAAAUUGUUUGAACAAUAUGGCGGAUUUCAAGGAACUCAUACCGCAAUUUUAUGAUGUUAGCGAAGAAGGAAAAUUUUUAGUGAAUAAUAUGGGUAUUAAUUUCGGAUAUAGGCAUAACAACACUAAAGUCGGCGAUGUGGAAUUGCCUCCUUGGGCUCUAAAUAGUCCCAAACAUUUUAUAAAAACUUUGAGAGACGCUUUAGAAAACGAUAUCGUUUCGAAUAAUCUCCAUAAUUGGAUAGACUUGAUUUUCGGUUAUAAACAAAAAGGAGAAGAAGCUAUUAAAUCGAAUAAUCUGUUUUAUCAUUUAUGUUACGAAGGAGCUAUAGAUCUGGAUGCUAUAUCGGAUCUGAACGAGAGACACGCUUUGGAGGUGCAAAUAAUGGAAUUCGGACAAAUACCGAAGCAAGUAUUUAAAGUUCCACACCCGCAAAGGAAGAAUGUAUUAAUGGUACUAACGGAACCUUCCCAAAUACCAAAAAUUGAUACUGAUCUCAAUGAUAUAUGGAAACGAGCUGAAGGUCUAGAUUUAGUAACUAAUUUCAAUACGCACAAACAUACGGUGAGCAAUCUGUUUAUCAGCGAAGAUGGAUCGAAAAUAACUUCAGUCGGUCAUGAUUCGAAACUCAAAGUAUUCUCUCUGUCCCAAAAUAAACAAAUAAGGAGCGCCAAUGUUGGUCGAAUGGCAUUAAGCAGCUGUAUACAGUUACCUAAUGCAAAUGUUUUGAUUAUCGGUAGCUGGGAUAAUGAAAUUUAUUUGUAUGAUAUGGAUUACGGCAAAGUUUCGGAUAAAAUUGUGGCUCAUCAAGAUGCUGUCACUUGUUUAUGUUUGGAUAUAAAAACUAAUGUUGUGAUAUCCGGUAGUACGGACUGUACCGUCAAAAUAUGGAAUGGAUUAAACAAUAAUAAGUUCAUCCAUUGUUUAAAAAAUCAACUCGAACAUAAUUCAGCCAUUAAUUGUUUGAGCUUGAACAGUAACAACAACAAUUUGGCCGUUGGUACGGAAGACGGAGAUUUAUAUAUAUGGGAAACAAUAAAUUUCACCCUAUACAAAAAAUACAAUCAUUCUACCAGUAUUACCGCUCUUAGUUAUAGUCCGGACGGACUGAAAUUAGCCAUAGGUACUUCGGAUAAGGUGUUUAAAAUUAUCGACGUCGAUACGGGUCUAUCCGUAUUUAAUAAAACUCUAAAUUCAGACGUUACGGCUUUAAAAUGGAGCGAUCAUUUACUUUUAUUAGGUUGUGGCGAUGGUAUUUUAUCUAUUUGGGAUAUAUUUGAGGUUAAACUCAUAUUCGAAAUUGCAGCUCAUUCCGGUGCAAUUAAAACUGUGGAUAUCCCAACGACAAAAGACUUGAUAGUAACAGGUGGGCAAGACCGUUCGAUAAAAGUAUGGAAACCGAAAGUUAAUAAUUAAAUUUUUAUUAUUCUUAUUUUUUAUUAUUAAGAACAAAAAUAAAGUAUUUCAAAAGUGCAGUUUCAGAUCCUAUGCUUUGUGAUAUUUUUUUAGUAAAUCUGUUUUUAUAUAUUUUACCAAGUUGAAUAAAACCUUUUCAAUUUA